CAGCCCAGGCUAGCCUCUUAUCUCCCGUUGUAGCAUGACCUUGAACGCCUGAUCCCCCUGCCUCCACCGCACCUGGUUCUUUCCCAUACCUGGCUCUGAGGUCUCCAUUUUCGCUGUGCUGCUGAGUUAGGCAUUUUUAGGGUCCCCUUGAUGCCCCGCCCUCUCCUAGGUAGAAUCCAAUCCUAAGCUUUUUGUGCAACCCCACCUCCUCUAGCUAGGCUUGGUUGGAGUCUGCCUAGCCGUGGCCCUGCCCAGUCCAUCAGUCCAAUCAGCUCGUGUUCUCCCUCCACCUGCCCAAUCACUCCCUCCCCAUCCAUUCAUCGCCUCCUCCUGCCCAAUCACGUCUGCUUCUCUACCCAGGCUCCGCCCCCAAGACCCUGCCCCCUCAGCCCCGCCUCCCUGUCCAAUGCUCAGCUCAGUGUGCGUCUGGUCGUUCAGCGGGCGCCAGGGGACCCGCAAGCAGCAUUCUCAGCCGGCGCCAACGCCGCAGCCGCCUGAGUCCUCAUCGCCGCCUCUGCUACCGCCGCCGCAGCAGCAGUGCGCUCAGCCCGGCACCGCCGCCUCCCCGGCGGGUGCCCCGCUUUCCUGCGGGCCUGGGGGCCGGCGCGCCGAGCCAUGCCCCGGGCUGCCGGCGGUGGCCAUGGGGCGGCACGGCGGCGGCGGCGGCGACAGCGGUAAGAUCGUGAUCAACGUGGGCGGCGUGCGCCAUGAGACGUACCGCUCCACGUUGCGCACCCUACCGGGGACCCGGCUGGCCGGGCUGACCGAGCCCGAGGCGGCCGCGCGCUUUGACUACGACCCGGGCACGGACGAGUUCUUCUUUGACCGUCACCCGGGCGUCUUCGCCUACGUGCUCAACUACUACCGCACCGGCAAGCUGCACUGCCCGGCCGACGUGUGCGGGCCGCUCUUCGAGGAGGAGCUGGGCUUCUGGGGCAUAGACGAGACGGACGUGGAGGCCUGCUGCUGGAUGACCUACCGCCAGCACCGUGAUGCCGAAGAGGCACUGGACUCCUUCGAGGCUCCGGACUCCUCGGGCAACGCCAACGCCAACGCCGGAGGCGCCCAUGAUGCGGGCCUGGACGACGAGGCGGGCGCAGGAGGCGGCGGCCUGGACGGGGCAGGCGGCGAGCUCAAGCGUCUGUGUUUUCAGGACGCGGGCGGAGGUGCCGGAGGACCUGCCGGGGGCGCGGGCGGCGCGGGCGGCACGUGGUGGCGGCGCUGGCAGCCCCGCGUGUGGGCGCUUUUUGAGGACCCCUACUCGUCGCGGGCCGCCAGGUACGUGGCCUUCGCCUCCCUAUUCUUUAUCCUCAUCUCCAUCACCACCUUCUGCCUGGAGACACACGAGGGCUUCAUCCACAUCAGCAACAAGACGGUGACGCAGGCCUCCCCAAUCCCUGGGGCUCCCCCGGAGAAUAUCACCAAUGUGGAGGUGGAGACGGAACCCUUUUUGACCUACGUGGAAGGCGUGUGUGUGGUCUGGUUCACCUUUGAGUUUCUCAUGCGGGUCACCUUCUGCCCGGAUAAGGUGGAGUUUCUCAAAAGCAGUCUUAACAUCAUCGACUGUGUAGCCAUCUUGCCCUUCUACUUGGAAGUGGGCCUGUCAGGUCUCAGCUCCAAAGCUGCCAAGGACGUGCUGGGCUUCCUGCGCGUCGUCCGCUUCGUGCGCAUCCUCCGUAUCUUCAAGCUGACCCGCCAUUUUGUGGGCCUGCGGGUCCUGGGCCACACGCUCCGUGCCAGCACCAACGAGUUCUUGUUACUCAUUAUUUUCCUGGCUCUGGGGGUCCUCAUCUUUGCCACCAUGAUCUACUAUGCCGAGCGCAUCGGGGCCGAUCCUGACGACAUCCUGGGCUCCAACCACACCUACUUCAAGAACAUCCCCAUCGGCUUCUGGUGGGCUGUGGUCACCAUGACCACCCUGGGCUAUGGUGACAUGUACCCCAAGACAUGGUCUGGGAUGCUGGUCGGGGCACUGUGUGCCCUGGCUGGUGUGCUGACCAUUGCCAUGCCGGUGCCCGUCAUUGUCAACAACUUCGGCAUGUACUAUUCACUGGCUAUGGCCAAGCAGAAAUUGCCAAAGAAGAAAAACAAACAUAUCCCCAGGCCCCCGCAGCCUGGCUCACCCAACUACUGCAAGCCCGAUCCCCCGCCUCCGCCCCCACCACACCCCCACCACGGCAGCGGUGGCAUCAGCCCACCACCGCCCAUCACCCCUCCUUCCAUGGGGGUGACUGUGGCUGGGGCUUACCCACCUGGACCCCACACGCACCCCGGGCUGCUUAGGGGUGGUGCUGGGGGACUGGGAAUUAUGGGAUUGCCUCCUCUGCCAGCCCCUGGUGAGCCCUGCCCACUGGCUCAAGAAGAGGUGAUUGAAACCAACAGGGCAGUAGACCCCCGUCCCAAUGGAGACCCUGCAGCAGCUGCACUGGCCCAUGAGGACUGCCCCGCCAUUGACCAGCCAGCCAUGUCUCCAGAAGACAAGAGCCCGAUCACUCCCGGAAGCCGGGGUCGCUACAGCCGGGACCGAGCUUGCUUCCUUGUCACAGACUAUGCCCCUUCUCCCGAUGGCUCCAUCCGAAAAGCCACUGGUGCUCCCCCACUGCCCCCCCAUGCUGGCGUAAGCCAGGCCCCCCCAGCUUCUUGCCCGACCUCAACGCCAACGCAGCAGCCUGGAUAUCCCCCUAGUGGACGAGCCCCUUCCCCCCCAGGCUCUUGUCACCGCCUGAGACCUCGCGAGACCCUCGGGUUCCCCCUGUCCCUUCCCCCCAGGUUACGAGAAGUCCCGCAGCCUGAGCAGCAUUGUGGGCCUGAGCGGGGUGUCCCUGCGCCUCGCGCCCCUCGCCACCCCCCCUGGCUCUCCCCGGGCCACGCGCCGAGCUCCCCCGACCCUGCCCUCCAUCCUCUAGCGCUGUCCUCCCCCCUGUGGGGGGACUGGGGGUGAUGGGAAGGUGAAAAGGAGCUGGGAGUAGGGGUGGGGAAAGGGUUAUUUAAAAAAAAAAGUUAAUAAUAUGCAAAAGAUGAUGCCAGCAGACACCCCCGGGGCCUCUCACUCCCCAUAUAGUAGAGAACCCAGGAUAGAGGGGGCGGGGCCGGGGCCUGUACCCCCCCAACCCCCCCCCCCUUCCAAAAAAAAAAAAAAAAUGCAAACCUCAGGUCUCCAUGAGCCAUAGGACACCCCUCCCAUCGACUCCUGUAAAUAACUAAAAGCUGAUUCCAUCUUGGGGCACCCACUCCAGUUUGCAUGCCUCUCCGACCCCCCUCUUCAGCAAUAAGCCGCCAGGAGCUGCGUGCAGAGAGUUGGAGGGGAGGCUGCUGGGAGCCUCUGGGGUCGGGGCUAGCAUUUUAGGGGUCUUCCUGGAUACCCCCCAAAAGGCAACCCACCCAUCACUAAUUGAUUCAGGAAAAACAAAAACCUCUAGGAACACGUAGGAAAAGGAAGACAGGUUAAUCAGCUGCAGCCCCGAGGAGCUCGGCUUGGGGGUGGGGGUGGGGUUCUGCCAGCUGCUCUUGGGCUUGGAGGACGCCAGCUGGUGCCUUCCACCCACGCCCGCCUCCAGAGAUCUGCUCCCUCUAUUCGCUGCAUGGACUUGGCCCUCCAGGCCCAGAACCCUCUACCCAUUGCAGUCUCCACUCUAUCCCAAUGUGAGACUAGUACCCUAGACUUACGGAGAUAGAACCUGGCACCCUGCACUCCCAUACCCCACGGACUCCGGCGCCCCACACUUCCCACCUCCAUCACUCCAUCCCCCACUGGCCUGGACUGCACCACAGAGUUCUUCCACCCUUUCCUUGCACCCCAGCUCACUUCCAGCCAUUGGGGUUCUGACAGUCCUCAAGACCCUGACAUACCUAGACACCCCCAUAUCCUCAAGCCUCCCCCAACCCCAGACAGCCCCAACCCCCUGAUAUCACAUUUCUCUGUCCUGGGCGCCUCUGACGCAAGACCUUCCGGGACAAGCUCUGAUUCCAGGGAGCUCCCACCCUAUUCCAGCAUCGCUGUCUAGGCAGCCCCCUCCUCUACGCCCUCCCCCCCAUGGUGCCAAAACACAUUUUCUUCAUGGCCACCAGAGUUUCCCAGAGCGUGGGACUCCCGUUCCCUCUUCGCAUGCUGAACUUUGCAGAGUGCACAGACGACCAAGUGUUUUAAACUUGUGUACUCUUCGCAAGCUCACACCCGGCUGGUGCGUCCUGGCAGCGUAGCAGUUGGGCGUUGCCAUUGAAAGCAAGUCAAGAACAGGAUGGGACCCAAAGCUAAAAGCGCUGGCUUAAUGUGCUAAGGUCCCAGGGUUCAAUCUCCAGCAAUCCCUCUUUGCCCGACUGGUGGGAAAAGAGGACACGCCCACCUCGGCUAGGAUCUUAGCCUGCCCUUCCCAGCUUCCUUGCCCACCGCGUGCCACAUUCGCGGGUGGAAAACUUUCUCAAAUCUCGUCUUGGCUCCAGGAUGCUACCUCCCCUAAGCCCAGAGACCACACUGGUCCCAGAAUCCUUAGAGAACUUCCCCUUUUGGAGCUGGGUGGUCGGCAGAAUUAGCAAUCCCUUGUUCCCACCGCCUCAGGGAAACCUCCUGCUGUCACCAGAGUUGUCGGUGGGGGUGUCCUUGGGCCCAAUUCUUGAUGCAACAAUUCCUAUGCAAGGGACAUUUUGAGUCCCUCCCGCACUCCCCGCCUUCCCUCGGGACCUUAAACCCUGGUGAGACAGGGGUUGAGGAGUGGGGUGGGAUCUGGUAGGGGCAGGGCAAAGGGCUAGGGGACUCUAGACACCAGGGUAUGGGGUGAGGACUCCUAAUAUUGCCAAAGGAUUCAACUUAUUUAAACAACCCCUAUUACCCCGCCCAGUCCCUCAAAAGAGCGAAUGGGGCGGGGAAAGGGGUAAGAGUCCUUUUUGAAGGGUACCAACCACUUCCCACUGUUUAACCCUGUGCUCUCCAGUCCCCUACACAUAUCCAGCUUUUUAGUUAAGCAUUUUUAAAAAGCUACAGUUCAUUAUAAACGUCUACAAAACGUGAUUUUUGCCCCUCCACAUUUCCCAAUUUACCAAACAGUGUGGGAUUCGGGGAGGGAGAGCCAGUCCUGGUCUCCCUUUUCCCCACGGCCGCCAGGGUGCCUGCAACUGCACGCAUGCGCUGCAUGACGCGCCCCCCCCACAUACACACGCAUGCGUCGUGCACCCCUCCUGCGCUGGGGGGGGACGCACGGACUUGGGGGCGGGGCGAUGGGGAGGAAUGAUUGGCAGAGGGGAAGGGGGUUUUUCUGAGCUCAAUGGCUCCUCUCCUUCCCCACACACUCAACAGCAAUAAGUUUCUCUACUUCAAGUGGGCGGACGGGCCUAGCCUGACCUGGCGCGGGAGGGGCUGGCCAAGGGGCGCUCUCAGGGAUGGGGGCGGGUCCUGAGUCUGGGGGAGGGGAGGUCUGCAACUCUGGUGCUAAUGGCGGGUCUUCCUGGCCCACCCGCAGGCAGGGAGGAAGGAGUCGGCAGGCUCCUCCCCCAAGCCUCCCCCACGCCCACCCAGGGUGCAUGAACCACCCACGCAGAAGCUGCCGCAUGUCAACCCUCCCCCCAACAAAGAAACAGUGUCAUGCCCCUCCCCACCUGCCCUCCCACUCCCCAGCCCAAUAAAUGAUUCCUUUUCAUUUACAAA